AUGUAUAGAAUUAUUUUAGAAGGUCAUAGCGGAGUAAAUCAGCUUGGUGGUGUUUUUGUGAACGGGAUUUCAAAUGGUUGCGUGAGUAAAAUCUUGGGAAGAUUUUAUGAAACUGGUUCAAUUAAACCUCGUGCCAUUGGUGGUUCGAAACCUCGUGUGGCCACACCAGAUGUUGUAUCAAAAAUUGCUCAAAUAAAAGGUGAAAAUCCAUCGAUAUUUGCUUGGGAAAUUCGUGAACGUUUAUUAAACGAUGGUAUAUGUACACAAGAUAAUUUGCCUAGUGUAUCAUCAAUUAAUCGUGUACUUAGAAAUUUACAAUCAAAGUCAACUGAUCAUUAUUCAAAAGAAUUGCAUUACGAUCGACAAUGUCUAAUAAAUCCACCAUUAUGGUCGAUGGUGAACAAUACACAGCCUUGGCAACAGCAAUCAACAUCUUCUAUCCGUACAAAAGAUAAAAAAAGUGACGAUUCAAUUGGAAUAAAAUUCUCGGAUCCUAUGCAAGUUCAAAAUGACGGUGAAGAUAGCGACAAUGAAUAUAUCACAUCACAAAAACAAAAAACACAGCGAAAUCGAACAGCUUUUACUCAAAAUCAAAUAUCAGCACUUGAAAAGGAAUUUGAGCAUACACAUUAUCCGGAUGUUUAUGUAAGAGAACGUCUUGCCAAACAUAUUAGUCUACCAGAAAAUAGAAUUCAGGUGUGGUUUUCUAAUCGUCGUGCAAAAUGGCGUCGUGAAGAAAAAGCAAGAAAUCAACGCCGUAAUGUCAAUGCAAGUGAAUCAAAUCCUGUUUCCAAUCCAGGAUCAACAAUUACUACUGAUCAUUCGACACCACCUUCAUCUUUAAAUCAAACACCUCCACCACCAUACACAAUUGAAAAUACAAAUGAGGUUUUAAAUCCCUAUUUAAACUCAACUCUUACAGUAGGAGCAUCACCAUCAUCGAAAUGUUUCACAUAUCCAUCGAUGCCAUCAUCAUACGAUUGUUCAUCGUCAUCAUAUCCAUGUAUAUUACCAGGAGCAAGUUGUUACGAAGAUCUCUCAUUUCCUACACCGCCCUAUUCUCGGCCAACAUAUCAAGACUAUAAUCAUCUUUCAUCGAAUGUUAUGAGUCAAUCAUCCUUUAUUCAUAGUCAGAUACCGCUUUCCACACCUGUACGAUCAAAUAAUCAAAAUCCUACGUUUUGGAAUCGGUUUUAG